AUGAAUAUGACCUACCACGUGAGCCUAGCACUGGUUGUUAACGAGUCAGAUGCCGUCGGUAAACUCCUGGUAUUAACAGCUUUUGCGCUUGCUCACGGUCGCCCAAAUGACACAGAGACGCAUUCGGGUGCGUCGAACAUAUGCCCACCAGAUCAACGUCAUUGGCUUCUGCCUCAUGAAUAUGACUGCACGAAGUUCUACUACUGCGAAUACGGUGUGAAAUGGAAGACGCCGAGGGAUUGCGCCCCAGGCACUGAAUUCUCAUAUGAAUUACAGGUGUGCGUACACCCGGUUCUAGCUAACUGUAAUCUGCCUGGUAGUCCACCUACUACUACAGAAAAAACUACGCAACCUCCGCCAACAACCGAGCAACGUACCGAAGUACCCACAACUGAUGCUCCCACUACAACUGAGGCAAUCACCAAUCCACCAACAACCACAACUACCCAAGCACCUACAACUACACAAGCCCCAACAACUACCCAAGCCCCUACAACUACCCAAACUCCAACAACUACUCCACGAGCAACCGAGCCUCCCACCACGCCCGAGAAACCUACAGAACCACCAACCACCACAACUACCGAAGCACCCACAACUACCAAAGCACCCACAACUACCGUUGCCCCCACAACUACCGAAGCCCCCACAACUACCGAAGCCCCCACAACUACCGAAGCCCCCACAACUACCGAAGCCCCCACAACUACCGAAGCCCCCACAACUACCGAAGCCCCCACAACUACCGAAGCCCCCACAACUACCGACACCCCCACAACAACUCAAAAAGUAACUGAGCCGCCUACUACAACUGAGGAACCUACCGACGCUCCAACCACCACAACCACUCAAGCCCCCACAACAACUACCCAAGCACCUACAACUACCCAAGUCCCUACAGCAACAUCCCAAUCCCCUGACUCAGGCCUCCUACCAAAUGGCUGUCCAGCUGACUUCGGGGUACAUCAGCUACUGCCACACGCUGAUUGCAGCAAAUUCUAUUACUGCGACUUUGGGAAGAAAGUUGAGAGAAAUUGUAGUCCAGGAACACACUUCAAUCCUACAAAACAGGUAUGUGAUUGGCCAGAGAACGCUGGUUGUGAAUCUUCAACUACAACCACUCAAGGCCCUGACUCAGGAAUCCUACCAAAUGGCUGUCCAGCUGACUUCGGCGUACAUCAAUUACUGCCGCACGUUGAUUGUAGCAAAUUCUAUUACUGCAACUUCGGGGAGAAAGUUGAGAGAAUUUGUCCGCCAGGGACACACUUCAACCCUACAUUACAGGUAUGUGAUUGGCCAGAAAACGCUGGUUGUGAAUCUUCAACUACAACCACUCAAGGUCCUGACUCAGGAAUCCUCCCAAAUGGCUGUCCAGCUGAUUUUGGCGUACAUCAGUUACUGCCGCACGUUGAUUGUAGCAAAUUCUAUUACUGCAACUUCGGGGAGAAAGUUGAGAGAAUUUGUCCGCCAGGGACACACUUCAACCCUAAAUUACAGGUUUGUGAUUGGCCAGAAAAUGCUGGUUGUGAAUCUUCAAACACAACCACCCAAGCACCUACAACUAACAACACAACUACCCAAGCACCUACAACUAACAACACAACUACCGAAGCACCUACAACUAACAACACAACUACCCAAGCACCAACAACUAACAACACAACUACCCAAGCACCUACAACUAACAACACAACUACCCAAGCACCUACAACUAACAACACCACUACGCAAGCACCUACAACUAACAACACAACUACCCAAGCACCUACAACUAACAACACAACUACCGAAGCACCUACAACUAACAACACAACUACCCAAGCUCCUACAACUAACAACACAACUACCCAAGUUCCUACAACAACGACCCAACCCUCUGACUCGGGCCUUCUACCAAAUGGCUGUCCAGCUGAUUUCAGCAUACAUCAGUUACUGCCACACGCUGAUUGCACCAAAUUCUAUUACUGCAACUUCGGGAAGAAAGUUGAGAGAAAUUGUGCGCCAGGAACACACUUCAACCCCACAUUACAGGUGUGUGAUUGGCCAGAAAAUGCUGGUUGUGAGUCAACUGAUGAUAAUGGUAACGAAAACGAGGACAACGGAAAUGGCGGAAACUGUGACGGCGGUAACGGUGGUGGGGGAAAUUGUGGAGGUGGCGAAGAAGAGGGUGACGGUGACACUUUCCCGAACGGUUGCCCGGCUGAUUUCGAUGUUCAUCAACUAUUGCCACAUAAAAACUGCAGCAAAUUCUACUACUGCGUAAACGGAGAGAAAGUAGAGAUUUCUUGCGCACCAGGAACACACUUCAAUCCUAAUUUACAGGUCUGUGAUUGGCCGGAGAGCGCCGGUUGCGAGUCUAGUGAUGAUAACGAUAACGAAAAUGGCGGAAGCUGCGACGGCGGUGGCGGUAGUGGGGGAAAUUGUGGAAGUGGUGACGGGGAGAACGGAGAGGAUGGAGACAAUGGAGGAACUCUCCCCAAUGGUUGUCCGGCUGAUUUCAAUGUCCAUCAACUAUUGCCACAUAAAAACUGCAGCAAAUUCUACUACUGCGUAUUCGGAGAGAAAGAAGAAAGGUCUUGUGAGCCAGGAACACACUUCAAUCCUACUUUACAAGUAUGUGAUUGGCCAUGGAAUGCUGGUUGCGAAUCCGAUGACGAUAAUAACGGAAAUGGCGAUAACGGAGGUGGUGAUAACGGAAAUGGAGAUAACGGAGAUGGAGAUAACGGUAGUGUUGAUAAUGGCAGUGGUGAAGAUAACGGUGAUAAUGAUAACAAAUGCAAGGAGUGCAACGUCCUUCCUUGGGCUCAUGAAACUGACUGUGAUAAAUUCUGGAGGUGUGAGGGCGAUAAAGCUGUCUUAGUCACAUGUUCCGAAGGUUUACAUUUCAAUGAUAAGACGAGCACUUGCGAUUUUAUAUGCAACGCGAACUGCGAUAGAGAUGAGGUCCAAGCAACUGCCGAGGCGAGCGGCUUGAAGCUCUUUUUACCUUGGGAUAAGGUUGACAAUGAAAUAAAACACAUUUUAGAAAAGCACCGUUAAGUCUUAAUUGAAAUAAUAAAAUUUUAUUAUUUAUCUCUUAUGUAUAAUUUUGUAAAUAAAUAAAAUACAAUGAUAUCAAAACUUUUUUUACUUAUUUCAUAAAUACCACUCAAUUUUUGUUUAGACAAGAAAAUUCCAAUUCGCUUUAUCAAACGAAGUAGCUUCCCGCUAUCUAUAUGUUGAGAUCUUCUA